CCCCACUGGUCGCUGGCUGGGUCUCUUCAAGCCCCCAAUACAUUUCCGAAACGAAAUCCCCCUUCUCACCGCUUUUAUCACUUCUCUCUCUUUCUCUCGCACUCCAAUCAUCAACUCUCUCUCUCUCUCUCUCUCUCUCUCUCUCUCUCUCAUAUUCUCACCAGAAAAGGAAACAAUGUCUUAUAUGCCUCCGCAUCGCAGGAACUCAACUGCCUCCAAGAUCACUACUACCUCUACAACCCUAGAAACCCCUACGUCCACCGCCACCGCCACCGCCACCGCCACCGCCUCUACUACUACCGCUACUGAUCACUAUAAAAAACUUCACUCUAACUCCUCUCACCUUCCUCAAUCCCGGAACGCCACCGCCAACAGCAAAAUCAACUCGUCUUCCUCCUUGUCUCGACGCAGCUCCGUCAACUUUUCCGUUCCCGACGCCGUAUUCCCCCUCUGGAAGCCCUCCGAACGCGUUCUCCGUUUCACUCCUGAACAGAUUGAGGAGGUACGCCUGCGCCUUAAUGUGGAUGUUACUAUAGCUUCAGACUCCACUCCUACACCAGCACCAAUCGAAUCAUUCACGGAUAUGAGCUUGCAUCCUAGCAUCAUGGAAGACAUUGCCUUUCACAGUUAUAGCACACCCACCUCUAUACAGGCUCAAGCUAUGCCGGUUGCUCUAAGUGGAAGGGAUCUUAUGGGUUGUGCUGAAACUGGCAGUGGAAAAACUGCCGCAUUCACCAUUCCAAUGAUACAGCAUUGCUUGGCACAGCCUCCCAUUUGCCGUGGUGAUGGGCCCUUGGCUUUGGUACUGGCUCCAACAAGAGAGCUUGCACAACAAAUAGAAAAAGAGGUUAAGGCUUUUAGCAGAUCUCUAGAGUCCUUCAGAACAGCAAUAGUUGUGGGUGGAACAAACAUUGCUGAUCAGAGGUCUGAGUUGCGAGCAGGAGUAAAUAUAGUGGUUGCCACUCCUGGACGAUUCAUUGACCAUUUACAGCAAGGAAACACUUCUCUUUCUAGGGUUUCAUUUGUUGUGUUGGAUGAAGCUGACAGAAUGCUUGAUAUGGGUUUUGAGCCACAGAUAAGAGAGGUGAUGCAGAAUCUUCCAAAAAAGCAUCAAACUUUGCUGUUUAGUGCAACCAUGCCAGUGGAGAUCGAAGCACUUGCACAGGAGUACUUGACUGAUCCUGUAAGAGUAAAGGUAGGAAAAGUGAGUAGCCCAACAGCAAAUGUAGCCCAAAUUUUGGAGAAGGUUCCAGAGAAUGAGAAGAUUGACCAUCUUUUAUCACUGCUUGUUGAGGAGGCUAAUCAUACUGAAAGAUCUAGUCACCCGUUUCCAUUGACCAUUGUCUUUGUGGAGAGGAAGACUAGGUGUGAUGAAGUUGCAGAAGCAUUGGUAGCUGAAGGUUUGCAUGCGGUUGCCUUUCAUGGGGGCCGUAGUCAAAGUGAGAGAGAAGCUGCUCUCCGUGAUUUUAGGACUGGUUUUACAAGUAUAUUGGUAGCCACCGAUGUUGCAUCACGUGGAUUGGACGUCACUGGUGUUGCUCAUGUUAUUAAUCUUGAUCUUCCAAAGACCAUGGAAGACUAUGUGCAUCGGAUUGGAAGGACAGGACGCGCAGGAUCAAUGGGCCAAGCUACUUCAUUUUACACUGAUCGAGACAUGUUCCUUGUGGUACAAAUAAAGAAAGCAAUUGCAGAUGUUCGGUCUGGUAAUACUGUGGCCUUUGCAACUGGCAAGAUUGCUAGAAGGAAGGAGAGAGAAGCAGCAGCUGCCCAUAAAGAAGAAAGGAUUGCGCUGUCCAAACUCCCAGUUAUGGGGCCUACAUCAAUUAACAUAGAGGACAAGUACAGAUAUAUGGUAGCUCCAUCCAUGGUCAAAGCAGAAGGUGCUGCAGAUGGUGCUUGGGAUGACUAAUUCUGUUCUACAUUUCUGUGGACUGUACUUGCUCAUGGUAGAACCCUCAAAAAUCUAAGGCGUUUCUUGCCACUUGGGGCUAGAAGUGCGAAGCCUGCUGAAGGUGCCACCAAAUUGGCCCCUUGGAAUGUGUGGCAGUUUAGCAACAGAUUGCAGGAUAGCGAUACUUAAGUUAUAUUUAGUUGACAAGUGCAAAUUGUAAUGGUGGCAAAAGUAAACGGCGCCAUUCUAAUCCCCAGGUUUUGAAGUUGUGGCCCUUCUCUGCCUUCAUGGGAGCUGGGGAGCGAUGAAGGGUUUUUGCGGUUUGGAGUGGGAGUGCAACUCCAAACUUAAACAUUCCCACUUUUAUUGUUUGAUACCAUUGCCACUCUUCUACCUUUUAGUGUUGCAUGGUUCAUCUACUGUUUUGUGCAAUUUUCGUACUAACAUUUUGUUAGUCGCACCGGUUCCUGAAUGUGAUUAAUUAGUUUUUUUGCAUUCAUCCAUGAACCUGAAAUGUUGUCUAAUAAGGUUUCAUCUCACACCUGUCAUUCAUUUCCUCCGAAUUUUCAAUUUUAGUGUAACGGUGUUAUUUUAA